CCAUCUUGUUUCAUAUGACAUGACAGCUAGCGUUAGCAAUUGGCUACUCCCAGUAACCUCACAGCUAAACACGUGUACGACAUAUAGUUUGUAAUAAUGCAGAGCCGCUGUGCAGCACCGAGCUGCACGAGUAGUAAAUCCGAUAAUCAGCCACUCUUCAGGUUCCCUCACGAUGCAGAAAGGUCCAAGAAGUGGGUAGAGAAAUGCCAGAGGAAAGACCUGGCAGACAGAUCAGUAGAUCAUCUGUACAGGUUCUACAGGCUGUGUGGAAAACAUUUUGAAACGUCUUCCAUUGACAGUGAAGCUCAAGGUACAGUGUUGAAGGAUGAUGCCAUACCGACCAUCUUUGACACACCAAGCCAGUCUCAAAACGGACAGGUGAAGCGGAACAAAGAGACGAGCAAACCUGAAGAAACGGAGAGUAGGGGGAGAAAAAAAAUGAAGAAGUCUCAAAUGGAGGCAGCAAAGGAAGAUGUCCCGACUGUUACUGAGGAGGAUGAACACAAAGAGUAUCUCAAGUCAUUAUUUGAAGUUCUUGUGCUUUUGGGAGAACAGAGCAUUCCUCCUACAGGGCCUGGUGAUGUGAAACAAGAUGGUCUUGGGUCAAGCAACUUUCAGGCAUUGUUAGAAUAUCGCAUGAAUGGUGGAGAUGAAGUCCUGAAGAAGAAGUAUGAUGAGAACAAGGAGGGCUGGUCCUCAGCUCAGCUCAAUCAGUUGAUUGAGGUGUGUGAAAAAUGCAUCCGCAGUAAGCUGGUGGAGGAAGUAAAACUAAACGGCUCUUUCUCAUUACUCACUGAUGAUGUGGUGAAGAUCUCAGGAGAAUGGUCCCUCCCUGUGUUUGUCCGUUUUGUGGACCAGUCUAACUGCCUGCGGGAGAGGUUCUUUGGAUAUCUUGACUUUGAAGGUGAUGGAGAUGACCUGGCAGAGAAACUGCUGUCUGAGAUGACUGACAAAUGGGGCCUGGAUAUGGAGCAGUGUCGAGGUCAAGCCCACUCCUACUCUGGGACACAUUUUAGCAAAAUAAAAGCAUUUUCUGCCAAACUGAUUGAGAAAUAUCCAUUGGCAGUAGUUGCACUGAGAUCUAGUCGAACGCUGAACGUGUCACUUGCCAGUAGUAUGGCUUUGUCCGGGGUUCAGCUCGUUAUGUCUACCUUUAAGAAAAUUGACUCGUUCUUUAGUCAGUCCCAGUUCCUACAGCUGGAGUUGGAGCAUGCUAUUUCGAUUUUCUACCCAGACAAAGAAGAGAAAGCCAAUGAACUGAAGGAGACCUGUCGCUCCAGCUGGACCAGACAGCACGAUGCGUUUGAAGUGGCGGUGGACAUCGUAGAGGCCCUGCUAUUAUGUGUGGACAGCGUGCAUGAUAACGAGGAAAUGAGGUGGAACGAUCAAGUCGCACACAGCGCCUUAGAGAUAUCGAAAGCACUUACUGACUUUGAGUUCAUCAUGGCGCUGGUCGUGCUGAAAAACACAAUGACUCUCACUCGAGCAUUUGGGAAGAACGUGCAGGGGAAAGAACAGGAUGCCCAUUUUGCGGCAAGCAGUCUGAAAGCUGUACUGCACUCCCUGAAGGAAGUGUCGGACAACAUCGAUGUGUAUCAUGAGUUCUGGAAUGAUGAGGCCGUUAACCUAGCCAAUGCGAUGGAGAUCCCGGUCAAGCUUCCUCGCUCAUUUUUGAGGAAGUAUCAGUCAGAAUCUGGAACCAAUCAACCAGACAGUUACUACAAAAACCACCUGUCUGUUCCCGUGGUGAACCACAUCAUCAAAGAAAUCGAUGAGCUGUUUGGCGAGGACCACCUGAAGACCCUGAGGUGUCUGUCGCUGAUCCCCGCCAUCAUAGAGCAGCACAAGUCCAGUGAGCCCGAGGAGGAGAGCAUUCAGAUGUUUAAGAAUUUAAUCCCUAAUGCAGCUACCCUCUCUGCCGAGCUCCACUGUUGGUGGGUGAAAUGGAGCAAAAAGGUCAAAGGUGAGACGUCGCCAUCCAGCCUUCAUGAAACACUGCAGCUGCCCGAUGUGAAGUUCUUCCCAAAUGUGCUUGUGGUCCUGAGACUGAUUGGCACCCUGCCUACGUUCGCUCUGGAGGACCGCUGCGAUGUGGCAUUCAAGUGCUUCAGGGUGUACAUGGAGAACACGCCUGACCAGUUCAAAUCAAAAAGUCUUGCUGUUUUGAACAUGAAUUAUGAUGUAGGGUAUGAUCUGGAUUCAAUGGUUGAGGUCUACAUGAACACAUACCCUACCAGAGAGGCGCAGGUGUGAAUGUACUCAGUUGUGAUGUGGUUCAGCCUCUGGACAGAUUAUCCACUGUUUUGUUAGUAUGUGCAGGUUGUGUUAUCUUUAACUUGAGGUAGAUAUAUUGAUUGUUUUUUAUCAAAUCUAGAAUGUAAAUGAACAAACACCUGGACAGCAAAGUGUCAUGCCAGACUGCUGUCUUUAUUAAUGUCACCAUUCCUUUUCUCCAUUGUUCAAAUCAAUAGAAAACGAUUUAAAUUGGGUUUAGAAUUAUAAAUGUUAUCAAAGUGCGUCUGUCACCAGUAGAUCUGCUGAAAUUUGAUAAGUGGAUAGUGGGAUUAAUAAAACCUUCCCUGAACAUGUACAGUGAAUAAAGAGAUGAAUUCUUUGGAA